GUGGCGCGUUUAAUGGUGCGUUCGAGAGCCGUGCUGCUGUCACACGCGCAGCCGAGACACGCACAAACAGGGAGGAUUUUUUUUUUUUAAUAAUUCAUCUGCAAAAGAGAAAAAGCCUGAACUGCUAAGGUUUUCCCUUGUCGGCGGAGUCAAAGCCUGGCGCCAGAGUAAUGGCGGUGCAGAAACAAGGCGGUGAUGAUGCGACUGUCGGUCGCCGCGGCGCGCGCGAGCUUUCAGUAAGAACGCGCGCGAGGCACUGAUUAUGCGCACGGGGCUGCGACCGCGAGUCCCAACAGUUCAGCCGCAGAGCAAAGACGGAAAAAAAGAGAAAACGAGGCCAGCGCUGACCUCGGAUCCCGGAACCCAUAACCUGAGGAUUUUUAAAGAUGGUUUUGCAGCCAUGGUUACAUGCUCUGGACAGCUUGGCUGUUUGAUGUGACAUUCUGUAUCCCGUGAAGUGUAUACCCAGUUUUGCCUGUGUGCGUGCCUGUGGCAGAGAGUGGGAGUGUACAAGCGAGCGUGCGUGAGCACUCUCACAUGGCCUCGAUGCAGGACGGGCUGAACUUCACUGCUCCCCCCUAUGGCAAAGUGUUGCUGCUCGGGGCCAUCGCAGCUGCCUCGGCCUUCGUCGUCACCAUCCUGAUUGUAGUGCUGUGUGUGGGCUGCCACAGGAAGGGGAAGAGUCACAAUGGUACUGGUGAAGAGAGAAAGCACAGACUCAUGGACAUGAACAUAUUGCGGCAGUCAAAGCUGCGCUCCAUCAGUAAGUCAGACACCAAGCUCCAUGAGAUGAACAGACUCAACUGCAAUGGCAAAAAAUCUUCCAAGAAGAACCGUCCAGCCAGCAUGGACCUGCUUCUGCUGCCAAGCCGUCGCUCCAACUCAGACCUGCGAACUUCACAAGGCCGGCAGGUGUCCCAGGCGCCCUCAGGGGAGGACAGUGAGCAUACAUAUGCUGAGGUGGGUCGCCGCACGUCCCCUACCCGCUGUCCUGAAGCUGCACUCAGGGGGCGAGCCGGAGAGACGGACACUCCUGCUCCCCCGGCUGUUCCUGCCAAUACACCAGCCCCACCUGAUCCAGAUGGAGACAGCCUGGAUGGCGGGAUUCCUGAGCCGGAGACCCUUCCUCAAGUAAUGAACCCACCACCACAGCCUCCAGAAACAGCUGAAUAUGCAUGUAUUAGAAAAGUACGCAAGGUUGACAAAGCAGCCCAGAAGAGAGAUAAUGGCACUGAGACGGAGGAGGGGCUUGGGCAGGCACAGCGGCAUAGUAGUGGAGAGAUCCGACAUGCUCCACCCAGUCAUCCAGCUCCGCCCCCACCUCACCCACACAGUCAAAAGUUGCCACGGAAAAAUGUAGAGGCUUUCAACCUUCCUUUCUUUCCAAAGGAAGCAGUGUUUAUUGGUAAUGGAGAGGAGUACAUAUGGAAGCCUCCUGAAGAUGAUGACAUUAUGUUCCAACCCAAGCACAUAGGCCCUCUGAGCCCUCACAUGGGAGAAAACAUGACACCUGGGAUUUCAGAUAUGUACUCUAAAGUCUGCAAACCAAGCAAGAAGAAAAGAGGCAUGCCAGGCUCACCCACAGGCCCUAGGGAUAUUGGUGGCUAUCGGACCUUGGCCCGAGGUGAACGUGAUGGUGGUUUUAACGUGGUGGUGAAGCCACAGACAUGGGCACCACAGGAGGCAAAAGGUUCAAGGAUGCCCCCUGGCUCAAUGGAUGAGCACUGCUAUGAAGCCAUUGGUGUGGAGGAGAGCGACAUGUCCUUUGAAGCUGCAGAGGUUGGUGGUGGUGGAGGAGGAGGAGGUGGCGGAGGAAGUGGAGGAGGAUGGAAACGAGAGAGGCCUCCACCCAAUGCCAGUGCCACCCUCCGGCCUAAGAAGAGAAAGCCACAGCAGCCACAGCACCAGCCUCCUCCACCACCUCCUGCUCCCCAACAUACGCCCAAGAUGCAGCAUCUGCCAGCCAAAGCACUUUUGUUGCCGGGCGAGAAUCUGUAUGAGAGCAUCCCUGACCUGAAGCAGGGCUCGACCACAUCAAGUACCACCACCAUUUUCACUUUUAAUGAUGGAAUGGAAAUGUAUGUCACUGGGCUGUAAGGGCUCAGACUCAAAUCUCAAAUAGAAAGACCCCUCAUCUUUCAACUGAGUGUGAAAGAGACACUUGAAAUGGCAACAACUCUUCCUGCACUCAUUCACACACCAUGUUUACAUUUCAGCCCUAUGGUUCCCAAGUAGCCCCACAUAUUGCCUUAGAGAAGCAAUCUGAAAAAGGGGACUUAUGGAUGAUAUCGUGGUAAAGUUUUCAGUGGGGAUGCUAUUGCAUCAUACAUCAGUUUGGUAAAAACACAUUGCACUACCACUUCAUGUGGUACAGUAUAACACAUAGCAUAGUGCAUCAGCAUUAAUUGCAGAUGGAUUGAAAUCUGUAAGUGUGGUGGGAAAGAGGGAUAACACCAAGAAAUUAACUUAGAGAAAACUUAUCUUAUUUCAUCACAUAUCUUUCAAGAGUAGCAAACAUCCGAAUUCACAAAUCACAAACAUAUCACCACAUAGGGGACACCUGUUUAAGGUAUACUCCAGAUUCCUGUUUUUGAUAGUACACUCACUUGUGCAUUAUUUUCCAUCUAAGUUUCCAUCGGAAUUGCGGGUUUCUUUCGUUAAUUUUUAUGUUAAUUCCAAAGGAGAGGAUAAAAUGAGCACAAUUUUACUGAGCAGAAGGAAUACUAAAAUGGCACAGAGUAUUUAUACUCAAUGUUUUAGAGUAUAUUGACAGAGAAAAAUUAUGCAGUGGGAGAAAAAAGCCCCUUAUUUUAGUCACAAACGAAUAACAAAAUAUAACUAUUAAUAAAAGUCUGGCUAAGGCCACUAUUGUCAGACUUUGGCAAUUUUAGCAUGACAAUGAACAAAGGCCUUUAUCUAAAUUAUUUAUAAAAACAUCCACAAGCUUUGGGAAAAUAUGUGGCACUAUUUUUCUAGUGAUAAAAUCUCUAUUUCUUUAAGGGAAUUCUAUCUGAAAUAAAUAAAAAAUAGAUAUAUAGAAAGUGUUCCCCUUCACUGAAUCUCACAACUGCAUAUUGGUCUGCAUAUUCAAAAGCACAGAAUCAUAUAUAGCAAAUUUCUUCUUCCAGCACUUAAGAACAGUAUAGACACCUUUUUGAGAGUCCAUGUGAAAAAUGCGAGCUAAAUGAAUUACUUGAUGAAAAUUAUAGUAGCAAUUAAAAAAGAGAGAAAAAGAUCCUAACGAGAAUUCACAAAAGCUCAGGGAAAGUGGAAAAUAUUUAAAGGCAAUUAAAUGAGUUGUACAUGGAACUAUUUUCCUCUAAGUGACACAGAGUUUAGAGCAUUGUAAGCAUUAGACUUGCCCUUCAGAAUGUUUUAUUUUAAAGGGUUUUUUUCAUACUAUUUUCUCUUUUUUGGUUGUAGCUCAUAUCAUGAACACCUAAAUGGCUGUGUAUGAAGUCACCACUGCCGUACAGUACAGUACAAUAAUGUUUUACGUUGUUAAUACUGUUAAUGCACUUUGCCUGAGAAAAAAAGAUGCAUGUAUUAAAAAAAAAAAACAUACAAAUGAAAAAAGGUGAUGAAAAAAAAAGUUAUCCGGUGUCUGAGAAUGGUUUAUUUCUUGCUGUUGUCGGUUGCCUAUUUGAUUUUAAUUGCCUUUUUCCUCUGCUGAAGAGAGAGCACAAUGUUUUGCUUCAGGACUGACGACUCAAGGUGAACUUUGUCUACGUCUGACAUUACACAACUGGAGGCAGAAUGUGACUGGUCAUAGUGAAUAUAUCAUAGACAAUUCCCAUUUCUCCAACUGAACACCUUUUAGGCGGACAUAUGCUAUUGGUGGAAUUUCACCCAACCGUCCUACAGCACAUUAACCUGCUGUAUAAUAAAUAAUUGGAAGUAAUGUAAUUAAACACUCUAUUGAUGCUAUUAAAUGAUGGUAAACAGUGUGAGUAUAGUGCGCUACAGUGGUUUUUAUGUUUAAUGCAAACAGCUAAUCUGUGACGUUCCUAAAGAGUUAAAAAAAAAAAAGAAUUAAUUAAUAUUAGUGUAAAAAGAGGCCUGAACCCAUGAGAAAGACUGUAGUCUAUGAGUCUGGCACACAGUCACUGUCAUAUAUGUUGGAGCAACGUUGUAAAUAUAUUUACAAAGAAAUGAAAAGAACAGGAGGAUCGAGGUGAAGUUGCCCUAGGUGUAUUUGAACAUAUGUGGUUCUUUUCGUCUUUUCGUUUGGAAUGAUUUUUCUCUGGUGAAAGUUUUGCUCAGCAGUAUCUCUGUGGGUUUUGAUGUGGGGUUUUUUUCUUUGUUUUUCUUUUUCUUUUUCUAAUUAUUAUUUCUUUUCCCGUGCCAUUUUGAGCUAUAAUGUGUAUUACAAAGAUCAAUUGAGUAUUAGUGUGGCAGCUGAUGUUGUGUGUUUGCUUAUCAGACAACAGGGUUGUGUGUUCCAGCCGUGUAAGUACUCAUGUGCAAAAGAUUGUAAUGUUUUUAUAACAAAAUGACUAUUCAUAAAAAAAAAAAAAAAAAAAAAAUGUCAACAAGUUUAUACUUUUCUAAUAAAGUAGCACCUAAAAACCUGACUCUGAUUUACAUAAUGUAUUUUGGAAAAAAUGUAAAAAGCUUUGCAGUCAAUCCACAAUUUUUUUUAAUGGC